GUAGCCAACAAUCGAAGCAGAAAAAAACUAAACCCUUCCAUUCAUUGGAUAAUCAGUUAUCUAACGAUUCGGCAACUGGUCGCCAUCGCGGUUCAUAGGUCACAUUAUAGAUAGAGUAUCACAAUAUGUAUCAAAGAGUUAUAAUUAUCAUUACAUUCAAGUGUAAACCUUCGUCGAAAGAAAAAGUAUAAAAUAAAACAAUCCAUUUAGAUUUAACAUAUUUUUUUGGAGUUUCUUAAAGUGACGAUUUAAUGGUAGCACUAUCCACGUGGUGUGCCAAGGCUGCGGCUUUCAGGGCCGUGAUAUUAGGUGCCCCUGCUUCUGGUAAGGGCACCAUGUCGGCUAGAAUUGUUGAACAAUUUAAAUUAACUCAUAUAUCAAGCGGCGAUAAGUUAAGACUUCAUAUGAAUAAUAAAACUGAAUUGGGCAAAGCAGUCUCGAAUUACGUACUUUCCGGUAAAUUCGUUCCUGAUGAUAUAAUGAUUUCAAUGAUAAACGAAGAAAUCAAAGCGGUCGGGAAUCAAAAUUGGUUAUUAGAUGUUGGCAUUGAUACAGGGUUCCCAAGAACGUUAACACAAGCGGAAAAGCUACAAAAAAUACAUCCAAUUAAUUUGGUUCUUUAUCUGGAUGUUCCCUUCGAAGUGAUAUUGAAUCGUGUGAAAAAUAGAUGGGUUCAUUUGCCCAGUGGAAGAGUAUAUAAUAUUGGAUUCAACAGUCCCAAAGUACCGGGUAAAGAUGAUGUGACUGGCGAACCUUUAAGUAAAAGGGACGAUGAUAAAAUCGAAAUUGUACAAAGAAGACUACAAGAAUAUUCAAAUGCAACUAAACCAAUUUUAACAUUUUAUAGUAAUUUAGGAUUGUUAAAUACUUUUCAAGGUAAUACUACCGAUGAAAUAUGGCCGCAUAUUAAGAGAAUCGUUACAAAAUUUUUGUUACAAUAGCAAAUUAUUAGGAUACAUUAAUAUUUUGUAAAAAUGUAUAAUGAAUUAAUUUAAAAUUGAAUUAACUUAGACUAUAGUGAUCAUAGGCUUCCAUUAAUUUGCGCACAAAUAUUGAUGAAUUCAGUAAAUUUAUACAAAUUAUGCAAAAAAAUUUAUUAUAUAUUUUCUUUAUAUAUGUAUAUAUAUAAAAUAAUUUUAAUAUAUAUAAAAUAAUUAAUAUAAAGAAAUAAUUUUAUAUCAAUAAAGUACAAAAUUUGUUAAUUUUCAUCAACAAUUUUUACUUAUUUUAUAUAAGUUUAAUUCAAUUUUUUAUAUAGUCACCUAGUCACAAUAGUUAUAUAGUCAAUUAUAAUUUAUAUAAUAAUAAACUUACAAAUAAUCAUACAAAAAUCAUUAACAAAAUAAUAAAUGUAAUGAUUUAUAUGUAUGUUUUACUUAUGUUUUAUAGAUAUCAAUUAUAAAAUAUUGUACUUUAAUAUAAAGGGAUCAAAGCCGAUUCAAUAAAGAUAUUUCUUGAAUUUA